CCCUACCGGGUCCCGCCAGUGCGCCUGCGCGAGGCCCCCUUCCUCACACUGCCCCCACCCCCGCCGCGCCGCCCCGUCUCCUCCUCCGGCGGCCGCUACUGUCGCCUUCCUCCUCCUCCUCCUCCUCCUCCCCCCUCCCCUCUUUCCCCGCCCUCCCCACGCCGAGGCCUCGAGGUGAGCGAGCUGCUGAGGCGAGCGGGGCGCCGCCGGUGCGACCCCGAAAUCCCUCCCCCCGGAGGAGGAGGAGGCGGGCGGGCAGCAGAGGAGUCGCCGCCAACGCCGCCGCCGCCGCGCCAGCGGGAGACCUCCUUCUUUGAAACAGUGCGUUCAUUCAUCCCUUGAAGCCCCCGAAUCCUGGCUUGCCAGUUUCCAGAGCCAUGGCAACGGAAGAGAAGAAACCUGAUGCAGAAUCGACCAAAACACAAUUGACGCCUUCCUCCUCAACCAAUCAGAGCAAGCCUGCACCCGUCAAGCCAAACUACGCCCUGAAGUUCACGUUGGCAGGACACACGAAAGCCGUCUCGUCGGUGAAGUUCAGCCCCAACGGGGAGUGGCUGGCCAGUUCUUCGGCCGAUAAGCUUAUUAAAAUUUGGGGUGCUUACGACGGCAAAUUUGAGAAAACAAUAUCUGGCCACAAAUUGGGAAUCUCUGACGUCGCCUGGUCAUCGGAUUCAAACCUCCUUGUGUCCGCUUCAGAUGACAAGACCCUCAAAAUAUGGGAUGUGAGCUCGGGCAAAUGCUUAAAGACCCUGAAGGGGCACAGCAACUAUGUCUUCUGCUGCAAUUUCAACCCCCAGUCGAACCUCAUUGUCUCGGGGUCGUUUGACGAAAGUGUGAGGAUAUGGGACGUGAAAACUGGGAAGUGCCUCAAAACGCUGCCAGCUCAUUCUGACCCAGUUUCGGCUGUGCAUUUUAACCGUGACGGCUCUCUGAUUGUAUCCAGCAGCUAUGAUGGCCUCUGUCGGAUCUGGGAUACAGCAUCUGGCCAGUGUUUGAAAACACUGAUUGAUGACGACAAUCCCCCGGUGUCUUUUGUAAAAUUCUCUCCCAAUGGCAAAUACAUUUUAGCAGCAACUUUGGACAACACUCUUAAACUUUGGGACUACAGCAAAGGAAAGUGCCUAAAGACAUACACAGGCCACAAGAAUGAGAAGUACUGCAUAUUUGCCAACUUCUCGGUUACUGGUGGAAAGUGGAUCGUGUCCGGUUCAGAGGACAACCUGGUCUACAUUUGGAACCUCCAGACAAAAGAGAUCGUACAGAAGCUGCAAGGCCAUACAGAUGUUGUGAUCUCUACAGCUUGCCACCCAACAGAAAACAUCAUCGCCUCAGCAGCCCUAGAAAAUGACAAAACGAUUAAGCUUUGGAGGAGUGACUGUUAAAACACUUUUGACAUCAUUUUAGAGACUGUUGGGGGGGUUCUAUGGAAAAUUGGGGGUGGGGGGUUGUUUUGUGUUUGUGUUGUUUUUUUUAAAGAGAGAGAGAGGAAAAAAACCCACAGGAGAACAUUUCAAGCCCAUUUGGCAGGGACCCUGAAGCAGUCAAGAGGGCAGUGUCUCUUAUUCUUGGCCCAAAGAGAAUGUUCGUCCCCCCCCCCCCCGCACCCCAAUCCUUCUAUUCUUGGCAACAUAGUUCGGGGAUUUCUUUUCCCCAUAUCUUGGGGGUUCUUUCAUGUUGUGUUCCCUUUGCACUGGAAGCCCCAAAGAUUCUGCCCUCCGAUGAAAGAAGGCUGUUCCCUCCUUGGAGGUAUUUCUGGCUUGUCUAAUGGGCAAGUCAUAAAUAACUUGGAUCUUUUUUUUUUAAAGUUUUUAUGUACCUAAAGGUAGGCCUUUGUCAAUCAAACUUUAAAGGGGAGAGCCAUGUUGUUAAAGGUGCCUCCUGACAAAAAAGCGACCAAAUGUGGUUCUGCCUUUUUAUCUCCCCCAGCCCCUGCUCAUCAGUCUACCCAGUUCCAGGACUCUGUGGUCGUGCCCCCCCCCGCUUUUAUUUCAUUGUGAGCUCCAAUAGAUGCCAUAACGGUGUGAGUCUUUCCAGCUUCUCCCCUUAACUGUUACGCCCGACGUCUUUGCUUAUAGUUAUUGUAAUUUUUUUUUUUUUUUACUUUUAUGAAACCAUUCUGGCAAACUUCACAAUACCUGUACAGUUAUUUCAAUGUAAAAAAAAAAAAACUUUUUAUCUUGGAAACUUCAUUGUAUGAACUUGUAUUUGCUAAUGGUAUGGCUGUAUUGUGCGGCGUUGGUAUCCUCACCCCUUCUUUUUCCUUCCAUGCUUGGCGUUUUUACACAUCAGAAUCAGUUGCCAUUUGCCAUAAUAAAAAGGUGGGAUUUUA